AUGGCUUCAAACAUGUUUCAAUAGAAUGAUAUUAACUUCAAUAAAAAAGUGGAUGAAUUUAACAACCUCUAUAAACAAUACUCCCUGACUCAAAGUAAACAACUCACUUUGGAGAAGAUGAAACUUAUUCAUGUUUAAGCAGAAUAACAAUUCAAAUUCAUGGAAAUUGAAUACAGUUCCUUUAAUGAGUAGAAUAAACAGGAAUUUGCAUAAAAGUUUAAAUAAGAUAAGAUGCUUUACACAGAAUGCCAAAAGAAGUUGAGAGAUUUACAAUUAGAUAUCGAUAAGCAACCUCAAUCCCACUUUAGCAAAGUUGUUACUAAAACACAGCCCUCUUAGAUCAGCGGCUUGAAUUCUGAUUUGCACACAUAAGUUAAGCAAUUAAAUAAUCUGGAUUCCAGAUUACUUGAAGCAGAAGACACUUAAAUCAGCAUUCUUGAUAAUCUUCGUAGUUAGAAGGAGAAACUACUAAGAGCCAUUGAAGAUACCAAAGAGAUCUAGAGUGGAGUGAAAAUGACUUAGAGGCAUGCAACUAUGAUUAAGAAUAGGGAAUAAUACAAUAAAGGGAUAUUGAUGACUUUGGUUUGCAUAUUAACAAUUGGAAAUAUUCUCAUUAUAUACUAUAAAUUUGUCAAUUGAAAACACAUGAAUUAAUAAUAUAUCUAUGAUAUUAUGCACAAUUUUCAUUUUA